AUGGGUUGCAACAAUUCGACUGCCACUGUUGAAAGCCGUCAAAUGGAAUCCAUUGAUACUGAUCAGGAAAGUUCGGCACCAUUAUCAAGAACUCAAAAACGUGCUGAUGCUAUGCCGAAUACGUGGAGAAUGCAAGCUUUAAAUGCUCAUAAUGCAUUUCGAGCUCGUCACGGUGUUCCGCCGCUGGUACUCAAAGAUGAAAUCACUCACAAAGCUCAGGCUUAUGCAGAAUAUUUGGCAGAAAAUAAUCUAUUCAAUCACAGUUCAAAUCGUGAUAAUCUCGGUGAAAACUUGUAUACAAUGAGUAGUUCGGAACCGUUGACAAAUGAAUCUCUUGGUACGGAUGCUACUCAAUCUUGGUAUGACGAAAUCAAAAGUUAUGAUUUCAGUAAUCCAGGUUUUUCGAUGGAAACUGGUCAUUUCACUCAGGUCAUCUGGAAGAAUACGAACAGUUUAGGUGUUGGAGUGGCUUUUGACAAUAGUGGUAGACGAGCAAUCGUUGUUGCCCAGUACGGUCCGGCCGGUAAUGUCAUGGAACAGUUUCCGGAAAACGUUCCACCGCCUCAAUAA